UUUCUGUUUGUAUAUCUAUCUAUCUAUCCAUCCCUUUGUAGAUGAAACGAAUCAUUCCCAGUUCCCAAAGAGAAGAACGAAAAUGGUGUUCUCAGCCAACCCGUUAUCUCUAAGUGUACCCGAACCCGCAUUCGAGACCUGGCUCCGAGACAGCGGCUACCUCGAAAUUGUCGACCAACGCACCUCCGACCUCCACCGCCUGUCCUCUUCCUCCGCCGCCGUGACCUCCUCCUCUUCCUCCGCCGCAGCGCCUUCGACUACCGCCUCUUCCGCCAUCAGUAACGGAUUUUUCGUGUUGUUCUUUUCAAACGUCGGAACCCUACUCUCUCUCUUCACCUUCAAUCCCUUCUCCAAGCUCGCCACCAGCGACUUCUCCGGCGACACCCCCUCCUGGACCCUCAAAUUCUUCGGCUCAUGUCAGUCGUACUCGUUUCCGUCGUCGCCCGCCCAGGCCCGCCUCCGAGUCCAUGAGAACGUCAAGCGCUAUGCCCGCAAUUAUGCUUCGCUCUCCAUUCUCUUCUUCGCUUGCUCUCUGUAUCAAAUGCCUCUUGCCCUUGUUGGAUUACUGUCAUGUAUAGCUCUCUGGGAUCUUUUUAACCUCUAUGGUGGUCGGUUUGGAUUAGAUCAGUACCCUACAACCAAGCUGAUCCUCAUUCGCAUUGCCCAGUGUGCAACUGCAGCUAUCUUAUUCGGUUCCAAUGUCCCUUCGGCUUUGUUUUGUACUGUUGUUGUCAGUUAUGCAGUCAUGAUUUUGCAUGCCUCAUUCAGGAAGCUGACUCCUUCAAAGCAAUCAACUCAGGUCAUUAUAAAGUGAGAUGUCUGAUCAUAAAUUGUUGCUUGAAAAGUUAAAUUCAUUAUAUUGCAGUAACACAUAGCAAUAUGCUCAAAGUUAAAGAGGAUAAUUAUCACCAAUUUUAGGAG